CCUUUGUUGCGUCGCAUUUAGUGCGUCAAACAACGCAAACAGGAAGCGCCGCCGCCUGCAGGGCACCGUGUGAUUAUCGCUGUUUCCCAAACCGCGCCGGUGGAAGAGAAGGUCACCUCUGUGCUUGAGGCAGAAGACAUGGACGGCUUUGAUAACUUGAGCGCGUCGGAGAAGGCAGAGGCGACGGAGCUGCAGCGCAUGAUCGCUGUCGAGCAGCAGAAAGCGCAGUUCCAGGCUCAGGUGCACAGUUUCACCGACGUCUGCUGGGAUAAAUGUGUGGACACUCCGGGCUCAAAGCUGGACUACAGGACAGAGACGUGCCUGGUGAGCUGCGUGGAGCGAUUCAUUGACACCACCCUCAGCAUCACCAACCGCUUCACACAGAUGGUGCAGAAAGGCACUCAGUGAUAACGCACCGCAGUCAGACUGUAUUAUGUUUUUUUUAUUCCUAACUUGAUGGGAGAUGACACGAAGAAGACUUUGUGUACGUGGGUGUAACAGCUGGCGUUUGAGAGAUGAUGAGGAACUCUUAUGGGGGGGAGGGGUGCAGUCAUAAGAUCAAACUGGAGGAAGGAAGGGAGAGGGAAUCUGCAAGCCUGGAGAAGUCUGGUAAUAAUAAAUCUUAAAUGUUUCACCUGAAGAAACAAUGUUGCCUGAUGUUUUUUCCCUUUCAUCCAUCUGAAACUUCAAGAUUAUUAUUUACUUUCCUAAACGACAUCUAUAGAGCUGAAAGCAAAGGCUGGGCAGCUCCUCGCUUGGCACCUUCUGCUUUCUCUUGAUCUUCUCCAUCGUUAUGUUCUGAUCAAUAGUAGACGAGGAAAAUGAUAGAGAAUUAUAAUUGUUAUUCUGUCAGUGCAUAUCGCAGAGGAGUCUGAGUCCACUCAGUCUGCUUUAAAUACUCGAUUUCAGGACAUUUCUCUACUCCUAGAGUUUUAUGUGAAAAAGAGAGGAUGUCAAUAAUCAUUUCAGCACUCGAAAAGCUCCACUCAGGUGAAAAUCUAGUGCCAUCAUAAGGGGCAGCCAUUAGAAGGGAGGUGGGCUUAGAGGAGCAGUCUGGAGUUAGGAAGAAUUCAAACACUCUUUUUUUUUUU